AACGCUUAAAAAAAAGAAAAACUUCAAUACAUACGAAUAAUCAAUGCGAACGGUACACACAUAGCGAUACAAAAUCAAUGGAGAAUCUGAUUUCGCUCCUCAUUUUUAUUCUUCUCUUCUCGACAAAGAUCGUAUCCAGAGCAGCUGAUCGAAACGACUGCGUUUUCGAAGAGGUAACAGUUGGAUUGGUGGUGGAUUUGGGUUCUAUAGAAGGAAAGAUUCUCGAAGCUUCUUUUUCCUUGGCGCUUUCAGAUUUCUAUCGAAUCAACAACGGAUAUCGAACCAGAGUCUCUGUUUUAGCCAGAGACACCCAAGGCGAUCCUAUCCUUGCUCUUGCCGCCGCGACAAAUCUUCUCAAACAUGCGAAAGUGGAAGCCAUUGUUGUUGGUGCACAAUCAUUACAGGAAGCAAAGCUUUUGGCGGCGGUUAGCGAAAAAACUAAAGUUCCGGUAAUAUCAGUUCUCGUACCACAUUCGUUGUCUUUGAACAAAUACGAUCACUUUAUUCAAUUGACGCACGAUUCGGUGUCAGAGGCUAAGGCGAUAACGAGUCUCAUUCAUGAUUCUAAUCGGACAUCGGUUCUAGUUAUAUAUGAGGAUGUUGAUGAUUGGAGAGAUAGUUUGCAAUCACUGGUGGAGAAUUUCCAAGACGAAGGACUCCACAUUGAUCGUAUUGUUUCUUUUUCGGAAUCAUCAUCAAGAGGAGAAAAUCAUAUGAUGAAUAAUCAGCUAAGGAAGCUUAAAACCGCAGACGCAGCUGUUGUCGUGGUUCAUAUGUCUGAGAUUCUUGUUUCUCGUCUCUUUCGAUUGGCUGUCAAGUUAGGUAUGAUGGAACAAGGCUAUUCUUGGAUUCUCACGGCAAGAACCAUGAAUCAUUUUCGUUACUCGGAUCAUUUUCCAGAUAGGACGAUGCAAGGGGUGAUUGGUCUCAGAUACUAUAUUCCAGUAUCAGCAGAGCUUGAGGAUUUCACUUCGAGAUUGCGGAAACUAAUUGUUGAUGAUCAUGAAAUGGCCUUGGUGGAAACAAAGCAUUCUAGUGCACGGGCGCACGAUGUUGCUUGUAUUCUAGCAACUGCAAUAGAGAAGAUGAGUAUAAGAACAUCUGCGAAUGUAUCAGAUCUUCUUGAUACAAUUAGGCAGAGUAGGUUUAUCGGUUUGAGCCAUGGUGACAUCAAAAUUGUUGGCAACGAGUUUCUCUCAGGGACAUUUGAGAUUGUGAAUAUGGUUGGAACGGGGGAGAGAAGAAUAGGAUUAUGGAGUUGCGAUGGUAAGAGAAACAUAAUGGCUUCUUCAACCAAUGAACUGGAGACCAUCAUCUGCCCUGGCGGGUCUGAUGGAUUCCCAAGACACCGUUUUUUGGCAGAGGAUGGUGAAAAGAAGAAGUUGCUUAGGGUCUUAGUUCCCGCAGGGAACAAGGUCCCAAAUCUAAUGUCGGUGCGUCUUGAUCCUGAAACAGGAGUUAACACUGUCACUGGAUUCUGCAUAGAAGUUUUCAAGACUUGCAUUGCUCCUUUUAACUACCAGCUGGAAUUCAUACCUUAUUAUGGAAACUAUGAGAAUCUUGCUUAUCUACUCUCUACUCAGAGCGACAAAUACGAUGCAGCUGUUGGUGAUAUCACCAUCACUUCAAACAGAUCUUCGUAUGUUGAUUUUACUUUGCCUUUCACAGACAUUGGUAUCGGAAUACUGACGGUAAAGAAAAAAAGCCAAGGCAUGUGGACUUUCUUUGACCCUUUUGAGAAAUCCUUGUGGCUAGCAAGUGGAGCUUUCUUCAUCUUGACCGGAAUUGUUGUUUGGCUGGUCGAACGAUCCGUUAAUCCGGAGUUCCAGGGCUCUUGGGGACAACAACUUAGUAUGAUGCUCUGGUUUGGAUUCUCCACCAUUGUGUUUGCUCACAGAGAGAAGUUGCAAAAAAUGUCAUCAAGAUUUUUAGUCAUUGUUUGGGUAUUUGUGGUGUUGAUAUUGACUUCAAGUUACAGCGCAAAUUUGACAUCAACCAAGACCAUUUCUAGCAUACAAUUAAACCGUCACGCGGUUUUCGCCUCUACGACGAUAAAGAGCAUGAAGCUCGGAUCCAUUAAUGCAGUUGAAGCCUAUGCUCAAGGUUUGAGGGAUGGAACUCUUAGUCAUGUCAUCAAUGAAAUACCGUAUCUCAAUCUCCUACUUGGAUAUUAUCCGGAUGUUUUCGUAAUGACAGAUCGAGAGACUAAUACCAAUGGCUUUGGCUUUAUGUUCCAGAGAGGUUCAGGUUUGGCUACUAAUGUUUCACGAGAAAUCGCAAAGCUAAGGUCGUUAGGGAUUCUAAAGGACAUGGAGAAAAGAUGGUUUCAGAAACUGGACUCACUGAAUGUACAUUCCAACGCUGAAGAUGUUGCAUCUCUCAACAACGAUGAUGACGCAUCUAAUCGCUUCAGCUUCCGUGAGCUGCGCGGUUUGUUCAUCAUCGCGGGAGUAGCUCACGCUCUUGUACUAGCCUUGCAUCUCGUUCAUAUUCGUCGACAGAUAUUCACCAAACUGCAAAGCUUUCUUUAAGCACAACAUAGAUCCAUUAUUCAUAAGUAAGCUGCACUGUAAGCUUCUCGGAAGAAGAUUCCCAAGUUACAAGAACAGCACAUAGUCAAAGUUCAGUUGUAAAUAUUUGAAAUGAACGUCACAUGUAAUAUUUUACUCCAACUAAUUUAUAGUUUCUUCUUACAUUACAGAACUACAGGUUUUUGAAUAUAUCUAUUUGA